AUGUCUACCACUCCUUCUUGCUCGCCCUUUACUCGGGCCGUGGUCAGCUCUAUGAGGAAGCUGUACCCCGAGGCAUUGGCCGAUAAGAGCUUCGACAACACUGGAUUACUUCUGGAAGCUCCAUUUGAGCCAUCACGGCGCCAGAAGAACUCCGUGCUGCUGGCCAUUGAUCUGACAACAGCGGUUGCAGAUGAAGCAAUUCGGCGCCAGGAUUCAGCCAUUGUGGCCUACCACCCAAUCAUUUUCCGUGGUCUGAAGUCCCUUACUCUCGAAGAUACCCAACAAAGAUCUCUAUUGCGACUUGCCCAGCAUGGCAUCAGUGUCUACUCCCCUCAUACUGCCGUCGACACCGUUCCCGGUGGUAUGGCUGACUGGCUCUGUGACGUAGUGACUGGCACAUUCAAGUCCGACUUUAAGCCGCAGUCCUCAGUCACAGAAUGUGCAUCCACUUUGUACUCAGCACCUACUUACCCCCAACCUGAGCUCGUCCCCAAUGCAGCAUCAGCAAGCCUUUCUCAGCAAAUACCCCACACCCGAUCUACAAUUCACCCCUCGCCUCCGGCUUCUAUCCCCGAAGGCUUCGAAGAUGCCGGUGCAGGUCGCUUGGUGACCUUCAAUGAAGCCCAGCCUCUCACGACACUAAUUGACCACAUUGGCCGUGGUGUGGGUCUCCCGGGUGGAAUUCCCAUUGCGACUCCCCAGGGCCAGUCGAUCAACGACAUUCGUAUUCGUACUGUGGGUAUGUGCCCUGGGUCCGGCUCUGGGGUUCUUCUUCGUGGGAACGAAAUCCCUGAUCUCCUUUUCACUGGGGAAAUGAGCCAUCACGAGGCUCUUGCGGCUACAGAGAAGGGUUCAGUCGUUAUCUCGUUGGCUCACUCCAACUCUGAGCGCGGAUAUCUCUGUGCCGUCAUGCGGAACCAGCUCCUUCGUGAAGUGUCACAGACUUGGCAAAGUGACAGAAAGGCAGCUCUCCAGGCCGUCCAAGAAAUCUCCAAGCAAGGUGGGGCUGCUACUGGCUCUCAGGAGGUAUACCAAGAUGCCAGUGUCGAGGUUUCUGUUAGCGAGGCCGAUCGUGAUCCUUAUGGAAUCAUGGUCUGGCUUGCUUAG